AUGAGUCGGUCUUUGCCUCAACGCAAGAAUCCUCUGAUCGCGCCCGAAAAUGCUCCUUCAUACAGUGACCUCGUGUCGCGCCGACGGCUGGGCAAGACGAAACUCGCGGUCAAGCCUCAGCAAGUCGGCACAUCCAACGCGACGCAGCCGCAGAAUCUCGGUCCGUUUGAAUAUGCGCACCUUCGCGCCCCGCUGCCCUCUGAUCUGAAGGGAUCGGAGAUAUUCGCCGUCCAAGGCACGCAGCCGCACCCCGAGACCUACUUUCUUAUGCGCCGCAGCUCUGAUGGCUUCUGCUCCGCGACCGGCAUGUUCAAGAUCGCCUUCCCCUGGGCGACGCAUGCUGAAGAGAAGCAAGAGCGCGAGUACCUCAAGACAAUCGAUGUCACUAGUUCUGACGAAGUCGCUGGCAACAUCUGGGUCAAGGAGCAAGCAGCGCUAGAUCUGGCCGAGGAGUAUGGCCUCACAGAAUGGCUCAAGGCGCUCCUUGAUCCAGCAGAGAUUACACAGACCCCGACCUCGGCAAAGAAGCAGCCUAUCGCCGCGCCACCAAAAUUUGAAGUGAAUGCCAGUGCGCUCGACAGCAACCCGAAGCUCGCGCCAAAGGGCCGAGGACGUGGUGGUGGCAGCACCCGUUUGCGCUCCGCUUCUCCGUCUAAAAUCGCCAGUCCUGUGAAGCCACAGGCCUCCCCACGGAAGCGUCAGACGAAAGCGCAGAAGGAAGCCGCUAUCGCCAAUGCCAACGCUGCCAGUGCUUCUUUACAGAACGCUCUCGAUGAUGCGGUUUCCAAUGCAGGUGCUGGCGACGGAUCGGUUGUUGAUUCCCAGCAAGAGUCGACACCGGCGACAUCUCCUGCCCCUACCAGUACAUCCGGCGGUGGGAACGUCAAAGUCGACAUCGAACAAGAAGUUGAGCACCGUGGCAAGAACAUAGAGGUUACGAAAACGAACGUUACGGUCGAGAUGCCUGCAGAAGCGCUCAAUCCGGCCGCUCCUACAGAUACCGAGGGCGCGCUCGAUGCAGCUAAAGAGAUCGUUGAGAAGGUCGUGCAGCUUGAAGCGUCGAGUUCUCUGAAGGUCAACAACAAGAAGAGGAAGUUUGACGACGUAGACGCAAGCGAUUUAGAUAAAGAGCUACCGCAGCAGGCCGCAAAGAGGGCACGAGUGCUUGAGGAGGGACUCAAGAGGGAGAAGGUCCGGAACCGAGCAUUGGUCGGGGUCGCGGCGACGCUGAGUAUCGCUGCGGCGAUACCGUAUGCUUUCCAGUUCAUUUUCACGGCUUGA